AUGGACAAGAAAAUUGAUAACGAGAAAAAUUAUUUUGUUGAUACAUCAUUAGCAUAUGUGAAUGAUAAUUUGAAUGAUUUAACAGAGUUGUUGACGAGUGGAAACCAACAAAUAGAUUCUGCUAUUCAAAGUACGCAGAAUCACCCUAUAUUUAAACUCAGCAUUAUAGAUUACACCGAAUUUUCUGAGGUUGAAUUAAUUGGAAGAGGAGGGUUUUCUAAUGUAUUUAAGGCUACUUAUAAGAGUAGCUUUGUCGCCCUUAAAGUUGUUGAAGGCUCGAAAAAUAUGACUUCAUAUUUUCUAAAUGAGUUAAAAUCUCAUCAAACAUGCCGUUGCACUGGUGCAUUUUUAUAUUUUUACGGAAUUUCCAUAGAACCAUCAACAAGAGAUUAUAUUCUUGUGAUGGAUUUUAUGCCAAAAUUAGAUUUACGCAGAAAUCUGACCCAGAGAAAAGAGAUGAUUGUCCUUCAAGAAUUAAGACCAACCAUCCCAGAUAACCUUCCGCAACGUUAUGUUAAUCUUAUGGUACGAGCGUGGGAUCAAAAUCCCAUGUUGCGACCAAGCGCAGAAGAAAUCCUUUCUGAAUUGUGGGAUUGGUAUGUCGAUCCCACAAUUCAAAAGCAAUAUGAUCAAAUUACAAUAGCCGCAGAUAACGCUCUAUAUAAUCCCGAGCUAUAUACUAGUAAAUUUAUUCGUACUAAUAUUACGCCCUAUCAAGAACACACCUACUAUCAAUUGAAAUUAAUAUUUGGUGUGGGCUCUUUAUAG